AUGGACAAGCUUAAUAUCGCAGCGGACCCUAUUGACCUCCAUUUUCCCCAAGAAGAAACAUCAAGCCGGAACGACUACAACAGCAGGCUCACAAAAGCCAUAAUGCAUUAUCUGCUAAACGAAGCCCAAGUCCCAGAGUUUCAGCGUCUCUAUGAGCUGCGGAAAAAGGGUUGGGGAGUCCCCGCCGGCGACAAGUUCUUUGCCAAACAGCGCCGAACCUCAGACAAAGCCCACGCAAAGACAGCGGCACACUUCUACAAAAUGAUGCAGGAUAUAGCGACCGACAUGAACCGGCUUACUGGAAUAUUUGACAUCAAGCCCUCGGCCUCAGAUAUAGGCAGCCGCCCGGCCCUUCUUGACCUGUGCAUGGCACCAGGUGGAUUCCUCGCGACAGCCCUAAAAAUCAACCCUACGGCGCAAGCGCUGACAUUCACUCUCCCAAAAAGUGAAGGAGGCUACGAGGUUGCUCGCGAGCUGCGCAAGCACCCCAACGUCACAGCCAAUUUUCUUGACAUCACAAUGCUUGCAACGGAUAUGAGGACACCAGCUGCGGAAUUCCCGCCAUCACACCCAGACUUUGCAAAAUUCCUCCCUGCACACUUCAAUGAAAAACAGAGAUUUGACCUAGCGCUCUGCGAUGGUCAGGUUCUCCGGACACAGGCCCGAGCUGCAUAUCGCGAAAAGAGGGAAGCCACACGACUAACCCUAACUCAGCUUAUCUUGUCACUUGAACACCUCAGACCCGGCGGAACAAUGAUUGUGUUACUUCAUAAGAUCGAAGCACCAAACGCAGUGCAGUUGCUAUAUGAGUUUGAGAAGUUCUCUACUGUGAGAGUCUAUAAACAUGCGCAUUACCAUGCAAAGCGGUCGUCGUUUUAUAUGCUUGCCAGUGAUGUUAAAAAAGAUAGGAAGGAAGCGAGGGAGGUGCUGGAGAGGUGGAAGAGGGUGUGGAGGGCUGCUACGUUAGACGUAGAUGGGGACGAUGAGAUGUUCCGACAGGUUCUUGAGGAGGGUGCGCCGCGGGUUGAAGACAUCCUGGAGAGAUUUGGAGAGAGACUGGUGAACCUAGGCAGGGGUUUGUGGGAGAUUCAGGCCAGUGCCUUGGAGAAUGCGCCGUUUAUGAAGAAAAGCAGCAGACGUGAAGAUCAACGGCCUUAA